AUGCAAUUCAACAACGGCACUGGCUGGCAACUGCCCCAGCUUGGACAGGGCCAACAAUUAACACCACCAAGUCGCUCGCCAUCUUCGGCUUCCCUUGCGGCUUUCACUUCAAGCUUCCGCAUUCCUGGCAUCUUGCCUGCCAACAGAGUCAACCGCCAUGAGCAACAACCAAUGGCUCAACCUGUUGCUUCUAAUACUUCAUUCGUUCGCCUCUUCGCACCAACACCACAGCAAGAAAGUACCAACUUGUUCCUACAGCAGCAUGGCAGGGACACGGACACGACCGUCGAUUGGCUACCUAAAGGGGGUCCAAACCCUAGAGAGUUCAUCGACAAUUCCCAAGCCGGACUCGGGUUCGAAUUUGAUCCUCGACCAGAUUCGCGAUUAGACAGGGAAAGCAGAGACAGGCCUCUGAUUCGCUACACGCCAGAACCACGACAAUUUGAUGCAGCUCCAAUGGAAGAGCCGCCUAUCCGUCCAUUCACCGCUUCAUCUUACCAUCGCAGUAAGCUGGUCACCGCGGAUGGCUUUGUCGGUAACUACGUCUGCGCCGUUCUCGAGAACAGAGGUACCGGUCGCGAGGUCGGCAUUGCCUCGAUCGAUCGAGAAACGGGACUUUGUGUGAUCACACAGAUUGCCGACACACCCACGUACGUUCGCACCAUCCACCACAUUAGCAUAUAUCCUCCCAGCAUCCUUCUUGUUCCCGCUUCUGGUCAGCCAGCCUGGAAGAACACCAUGUCUGGCUUGACCUCUCAAAGCAGCAAGCGUCGCAGAGCGCAGGACGACGUUGAUGACGAAAAUGAACAAAGAGAACAGACGCAGCGUACUAGUACGUCUAUGCUCAUCAAAUGCCUCGAAGAAAUAUGCGGCAUCCAGGCUUCUCCCUACCUUCGAAGGCACUGGAACUACCAUGAAGGGGCACGAUGGUUGGACAAACUCUUGGUCGACGAUGCAGAGGACGUCAAGGACAACAAUGAGCAGUCUGCGCCCCGACCUUCACAAGAUGGUGCCUAUCACAUCCAGCAGUCCCAAGACCAAGCCCCUUCGAGGCCUCAGACAGCUUGGACCAACCGAACUUCGCUCGAUUUUAGUGCCAAAGCCUCAACCAGAGCAGCCAUUCUGGUCGCGGUCGCCGACAAGUAUUACUUGCUCUCUGCUGUUGCUGCUCUGUUCAGCUACUUUACAGAUCAAUUCAGUCGAGUGUUCACAUCAAAGUCGCUUCGCAUUCGCUACGUCGUACCUGAAGGCAACAAUACGGCUCACGAUUUAGAGCUUGUUCGUAAUAGUAUCGAUCCAAGGUCGCAAGACUGUCUCUACGGGAGAACUGAACCCCGUUCUAAUUUUCGCGACGCAGACCUUCAAACACUCGCUGCUCGGCAAGAAGCGGUGGCCGAGUGUGUUCGCUACGAGGAGCGAUUCUACGCUAUUCAGCAAAGCUUAAGGCCGAUCCGCGAUAAAUCUAUUGAUCUCGACAAGCUCAUUCAUAUCCUGUCCUGCCCGCCAAAGCGAGGCAAAGAGACGAGGCUCGACACCGAACGCAAGAUAGAGAGCAUUCUCAGCCUUCGUACUCUCCUGAGCUCACUUGGACCAGCCCGAGCCGCUCUUCAAAACGCUUCGAGUGGUCUCCUGCAGGCAAUCUGGUCGUUUCUCGACUCAGAGCAGAUCGACAGGAUCAGCGAAUCCAUCCACCUCACGAUCGAUGAAGACAUUGCGCACGCGAAAGGAGGCAUCACAUCCCGCAACGCCAAGAUGUAUGCCGUACGAGCCGAACGCAGUCCUUUGCUCGACGUCGCAAGGCAGACGUACAGGGAAAACUUAGAAGACAUUACUCGUCUCUGUGACAUGGAGAAACGCGAGACUGGGCUUGACCUUAACCUCAAGCUUGUUGCGAAUGGCUUUCUAUUUCAAACAAGGUUGGACAAGACCCAGAUGCACACUCUGCCAGAGCGCUUCAGGAACAUCACUAGAGCCAAAAGUGGCAAGAUCGUCACCAUGACGACGAUACCCUUGAAGCAGCUCAACGCCCGACUGGUGGAAGCGAUGAACGAGGUCUGCACCAUGUCAGACCUGAUCAUCGAGCAGCUGAUCGAAGAGAUCAUUGGUCAGGUUGCGUCGCUCUACAAGGUAUCAGAAGCACUUGCCCUGCUGGACAUGGUGGUCAGCUUUGCGCACGUCUCCAAGUGCAAUGAUUAUGUUCGGCCUGUUUUUGGCGAGACUCUCGACAUUCGCAACGCGCGUCAUCCCAUCCUUGACCGCGUCGACAUCCCUACGAUUGGUCCUCCCAGCGCUGUCUCUCGUCGACGACAGCCCUUCGUCCCGAAUGACAUUUAUCUCGCUCCUGGUGAGCGAGUUUGCCUCGUCACGGGGCCCAACAUGUCCGGAAAGAGCACAUUCCUCCGCCAGAUUGCACUCAUUACUGUCCUAGCUUGCAUUGGAUGCUUCGUACCGGCGACACGAGCAACCACGCCUAUGCCUGAUGCCAUUCUCAGCCUCCUAACGCAUGAAGACGACCCGACCCAGAACCUCUCCACCUUUGCGGCUGAGAUGCGCACUUCUGCUUUCAUCCUCAGUGUCGGUACACCACGCUCGCUCGUCAUCCUCGACGAAAUGGGACGAGGCACUUCUCCUGACGAGGGCUGCGCCGUCGCCACAGCCAUCAUUGAAGAGAUGAUCAACGAGAACGGUAGCAAAGUCUUUUUCGCGACUCACUUUGGCGAGCUCGUCGAUGGUCUGGACGGCAAAGAGGGUUUCGUAUGUCAGCAUCUCGAGGUCAGCACAAUUCAGCGGAGGGAGGACGUUGGUCUUGUCUUUCAUCACAAGCUACAUCUCGGGCCCGGUCUCAACACACAUUACAGUCUCCAGGUUGCCAAAAUGAUGGGAUGCUUCAGCAACGACUUUUUGGAACGAGCGGAGGAGGUGGCGGUGGCAGAGCAGGCAGCGAAUGCGGACAGGGAUAAUGCCAUGAAUUCAGAGACGAGGGAGAGAAGGAAGCUUCUUCGCAGAGUCGUGCGUGACCUCUGCCGUCUCAUUCAAGCCCCGCUUCAGAGUGAGGUCUCAGAGGGUGUGGAAGAGAAUGCGAUUCGAGAUGCAGAGAAGCUGAUCGAGAAAUUGGCGACUUUGCAGAUCAACGCAGCCAACGAACUCGAUGCCACAUUUGAGGCCUAG